CUCUCUUAUUCAUUCUUCUGCUCCCGCUCGCGGAGAAUCUCCUCCUGUAGCUUCCGCAGCUGUCUCCGCUUUUCCUCUGCUUUCAACUUGAGCUCCAUCUUUUUUUCCUCCAUCUUUGUCUGCGCCGUUUCCAAAAUCCGCUCGUUGAAGCCGCUCAACGUGUCCUCGACAGUGUCCAGCGAAGGACCCUUGUUCACAGUGCCCAGGAUCACCUCUGCAACCGUCUUGUCAAACUCGCCCGGGCUUGGUUGCGAGCCCAGACCGCUCAGAUCCACGCUCAGCAUGUCUUUCACCGCCUGCAGCUUUCUGUCCGAGAACGCGCUGUCCACCAUCUCCUUGAGCUUUUCGUCCGUCACGGCAAAAUUCGCCGCCGCGUUGUACAGUUCCAACAGCUUCACCGCCUGGGCCUGCUUGUGCUCCAGCUCCCGCGCACGCCGGUUCGCCUCCCGCUUCAGCCUCAGCUCCUCCUUUUCCUCCUCCGUGCGCGGCCGUAUGAAAGGGCCUUCCAGAUAGCUCUCGACGGUCGGCAUCGUGUACACCUCGGCGUGCGAGGCCUUGUACUCACGCGCGGCUUGCUCCACCUUGGCCUGUUCCUCUGCCCGGCGGCGCUCCUGGGCCUCCAGUCUCUCCAGACGGCUCACCUCCGUCUUGUACGACUCGGCAAGAUACUUUCUGCGGAGCUCGGCCUGUUUAAUGUUGGCGCGCUGUUCCGCGGCCAUUUUUUGCAGCUCAGACUCACUCGGCAUCUGUUUAGGCGGCCUGGCCGUGCGCUGAAGCCGCUCCUCGGGCGUCACCACCGGCGGGCGGAUCAGCUCUCUUGUUGUGCCGCGAGGGUGCAAGAUCCCGUCGGCGUACCCUGUGUCCGGCUCUUUCUGGUACACAACGUGCUUGUACGGCUGUUUGAAAAUCUCCCGUGGUUUCGGCAGGAAUCCGCUUUUUCCUCCAAACCUCGCAGCUCCUUUUCCCAUGGUGAGUUGAAAGUUGGUAAAAAUUUUUAUUUUUGAUUAAACUUGCGUCGAUCGUCCAUGAGCAUCUCCGCAAGACUGUCAAUUGCUUGGGAGUCGUCUUCAAAGCCGGAAGAAAACACCUCGACGAUGGUGCUCAGCACGCCGAGCGAGCGUUUUGUCGACGUGCGGCCCUUGCUAACGCCCUGCGGCGACUUCCCCUUCGAAUGGGCCUUCGCUGGUUCUGCGCGGCUUCUGGCCCCUGACGGCUCGCAGAUCGAGUUCUCGCACGAUUUCUUCGACUCAGACUAUAUCCGCCGCUGGUGCGAGUGCAGGAAACGCGAACUGGCUGGCGAGACCGUGCAAUACCCGCUCAAAAGCGACAUCCCGAAAGAUAUCGGCCAUUUCGAGACGUUGCAGGACGGCACUCGCCGCGAAACAGGCACCAUGUACAACCCAGGCUCGGGAACUGAGGAGCAGUAUGAAGAGAGAUGGGUUUCUCUGGAUCCGUGGAAAACGACGCCGCAACACAAGGUGCAGGCCGGGUCGACCGUCGCGGCAGAGUCGCGCCUCUUUGACGUGAAAAGUGGAGGCGAGGGCCGGUUCGUCCGCGUAGGCAACUGGGCCCAGGGUGUGUUCUGGAACAAGGACAACCUGGACACCCCGAUUUCGGUCGUGAGGGUAUUCUUCGAUGGCCGUUGGAACCCUGUGCUACAGCAUGGCGAUUGCUCCAUGUUCCCGGUGGGCGAGAACCCGGCAGUGGGGGCCAUUGUUUCCAAAGGUACUGUUACGUGGGAGGUUUUAGAGUAAGCAACUUUUAGUCAAUC